CUUCCGACGAACGAGCCCAGCACCACGCUGUCCACUAAAAUUAGAAUUAAAAAGGUGCUUAUCUCUGUUCUCCACGAAGAAAAUAUGUCGGCCCACGUUAAACCAAGUUUCUCGAGGUACUUACGAACCUUUGCAAAACUGGGACCUGUUGUUCCUGAGAUAGAUCUUGCAGUGGCUCUGCAGGCUCGCAGAUCGUGGAAAGAAAAUAGGAGAAAGAAGUUGAUUAAAGCGGACCUGAAGAAUUUCCUCUCACAGUUGUCUCAGGACGCCAGCAGAAAACUCACUAAACUGAAGAAUGUUGCCAAAGAAAUUGUUGGAACUGAAAGUGGAGAUGAGCUAGCGGAAGAAACUGUGAUAACACUUUUGGAAAUAUUGAUUGGGAACGAUGUUCUCACGAAUGCUCUGCAGAAAAAGUUAGGGACCCCAUUUGGCCACAUCACUCCAGCUCAGGCCAAUUGUGCAUUCCAGGCUGUGAAAGAUCUAAGCUCAGACUUGAGUCCGGAUCAAGUGGAACAGAUCAAGGCAAUUUGCAGUGGCUCUGUUUUGAAGUCGAUCGAAAACACUCCUGUAUUUGGUGACAACAUCAAAGUGGCUCCUCCUGAACCGUGGCCAAUCCCGGACUUCAGCAGGCUGCAGGACAUGACUGUUAAGAGGCAGAAAAUCCAAGCAGUGGAUAAUUUCUCAAUGCAAUACAAACAAAGUGCACCUGAUCGCAAGCAGAAUUAUGGGAUGCAAUGGAUUAUUGAUCAGGUUGAGUGUUGGUGCGGAGAGGAUUUUAUGGGCGGAAUUCCUAGCAAUGAAGUUGCCAACUCUCUGGCAGAAAUGCUGAAAUCUUACAGGAGUAAUGAUGAACUUCAAGAAGAGCUGUUGGACAUGCUGGGGUUUGAGAAAAUUGAACUUGCACAAAUCUUACUGGAGAAACGAGCUCUGAUUAACGAAGACUUACGAAAUGCUGCUACGUGUUUAGAAAAUGCUGCUGACAAGAAACGAAAGCCUCCUAAAGAUUUAAAAUAUGGAAUGUCCCAAGCUCAAGCACCUACGCUUGCAUGCCAAGUCACUGUACAGCGAGAAGACGAGAGGUUGCUCAUGAAGCAAAUUAGAAAAGAAGAGAAAAAAAUGCACAAGGCUGCUAUGAAAAACGCCGUCGAGUCAGACUCGGACGAAGAGGAGCAGUUUGACCCUGAAAAGUUACGAGCUGCCAGGAUUGCUCAGCUUACGGCAGUGCAGAAGAAGGGGCUUUUUGGGCCAAAGAAGAUGAUAAUGCCAAGCAGACCAGCUUGGAUGGAUCUUCCUAAUGUGUAUGACAGCCAGAACGACGCUCGUCAAACUGCAGGGUUUAUUACCAACAUGAAGAUGCUGCUGCCUGAAAAUGUGACCAGGAAAGACACCAAAGAGUAUGAACAAGUUGACAUUCCGAUUUCCAAGCCAGUACCUUUGACGGUUGGCGAAGACAAAGUAAAAAUCUCCAGUCUCGACGAGCUUGGACAGGCAGCUUUUAACGGUAUUGAAUCGCUGAACAGAAUCCAAAGCGUUGUAUUUGAUACUGCAUACAACACAAAUGAGAAUCUAUUAAUUUGCGCUCCGACUGGUGCUGGAAAGACAAACGUCGCUUUACUAACUGUGAUGAACGUUGUUCGCCAGUAUUACAUCAAUGAUAGGAUUGAACUCAACAAAUUCAAGAUUGUUUACAUUGCACCAAUGAAAGCUCUAGCGGCUGAAAUGGCAAAGAGUUUCCAGAAGCGACUUAUUCCGUUUGCAAUUAAAGUUCGAGAACUGACUGGUGACAUGAAUCUUACUAAGAAGGAGAUUGAAGAGACACAGAUGCUAAUUACAACGCCUGAAAAAUGGGACGUAGUGUCCCGAAAGUCUAAUCCAAGUUCAGAUGUUGAGCUUACAGAACUUGUGCGACUUAUCAUCAUUGACGAAGUUCAUCUACUGCAUGGCGACCGAGGCCCUGUCCUUGAAGCUAUCGUUGCAAGAACACUGAGAAUGGUGGAAACAACUCAGCGUAUGGUUCGCAUUGUUGGUCUGUCAGCGACGCUUCCAAACUACCUGGAUGUUGCCUUCUUCCUCCGCGUCAAUCUAUACAAAGGCCUUUUCUACUUUGACCACAGGUUCCGUCCAGUUCCGCUCAGCAUGAGUUUUGUCGGCAUUAAGGCGCGAAAAUCUCUGCAGCAGAUGAAUGACAUGGAUGAUGUUUGCUAUGACAAGGUCCUUGAAAUGGUUGAAAAAGGACAUCAGGUGAUGGUGUUCGUGCAUGCAAGAAAUGCUACUGUCCGAACAGCGCAGACUCUGCAGAACAAGGCUCAAGUCAAUGGUCAACUGGCAGCCUUUGAGCCAAAAACUGCCUCUGUCCAAGGACAGGCGUUGCGCUCUUCAGGGAAGCUGCAGAACAAGCAGCUUGCCGAGCUGAUGCCGCACGGCUUUGCUGUUCACCAUGCUGGAAUGCCGAGACGAGACAGAAAUUUGGUUGAACAGUACUUCGCUGAAGGAUUUAUUUCUGUUUUGGUGUGCACCUCAACCUUGGCCUGGGGUGUAAAUUUGCCUGCCCACGCUGUCAUCAUCAAAGGAACAGAAAUCUACGACGCCAAGCAUGGAACCUUUGUUGACCUUGGAAUAUUGGAUGUCCUUCAGAUUUUUGGUCGAGCAGGUCGACCUCAAUUUGAUAAGUCUGGUCAUGGCUGCAUCAUUACCUCACAUGAAAAACUAAACCACUACCUUUCUCUACUGACAAACCAGUACCCAAUCGAGAGUCAGUUUGUCAAUUGCCUUGCAGACAAUCUCAAUGCUGAGGUUGUCCUGGGAACAAUUUCAAGUAUCAAUGACGCCAUCGAGUGGCUUAAGUACUCGUAUCUGUACGUGAGGAUGCGGAAAAAUCCUAUGUGCUAUGGAGUUACAAAUCAAAUGCUCAAAGAUGAUCCUGAGCUGAAUGAAAAGUGUAGAGAGCUCAUAGUUUUGUCUGCUGACAAACUUCAACAGGCACGAAUGGUUAGAUUCCACCACCCCACAGGCAGCCUUGACGCAACAGACAUUGGAAGGACUGCCAGCUAUUUCUAUAUCAAAUAUGAUACAAUGCAGAUGUUUGUCGAAACAAUGAAUGCAGGCAGCGACAACAACAUGACGGCUCUAGGUGAUGCUGACAUUGUGGCAUUGAUGUCUCAAGCGCAAGAAUUUGAGCAACUGAAGCUUCGCGAUGAUGAAAUGGAUGAGUUGGACGAACUCUUUGAGAGCAACUGCUACCUUCCAGUUGCAGGCGGACCUGAUAAUAUUCACGGAAAAGUGAACAUCCUUUUGCAAACCUACCUCUCCAAAGGUUUCAUCAAAUCAUUCUCUUUGAUUUCCGAUAAGGGCUACGUUACCGAUAAUGCUGCAAGAAUUGCAAGGGCGCUUUUUGAUUUGGCCCUAAAGCAUGGUGAUGCUAUAUUGUCGAAUCGAACUCUGAAAAUUGCAAAGAUGAUGGAAAAGCAAAUGUGGGACUCUGAGCACCCCUUGGCUCAGAUAGGGAAGUUUGGAAUGGACGUGCUUGACAAACUGCAAAAGAGUCGCUUGAGUCUCGAUAGAAUGAGGGAAAUGUCUGGUUCGGAUAUUGGUGCUAUGGUGAGGAAUACAAGAUUGGGACCUGAACUGAAGCAAUGCGUUGAGGCAUUUCCCAGUGUAGCAAUUGACACUGUUGUUCAGCCCAUCACUGCAACUGUUGUCAAGAUCAGCGUCACAAUCACACCAACCUUCAAGUGGAAUGAUCAUAUUCACGGAAAGACUGCUGAAGUAUUUUGGUUGUGGAUCGAAGACUGCACCACGAGCAGAAUUCAUCACUAUGAAUCUGUCCUCAUCACCAAAAAGCAGGUCAGAUUUGGAGAGCAGAUCAGGACGACCAUCAUGAUUCCUCUCAACUUGCAAGACAUGGACUAUUCAUCACAUACUUGCAUCGUCAGGGUUGUAAGUGAUCGCUGGUUGCAUGCAGAUUACUGCCAGUCUUUUAGCUUCAAGGACGUAACUUUUCCCGAUGGAUACUCUGCUCACACAGAUUUGUUGGAUUUGGAUCCUCUGCCAAUCAGUGCUCUGAACGACCCAAAACUUGAGAGUCUCUUUGGAAGAGAAAUUCUGGCCUUUAAUGCAAUUCAGACUCAAGUCUUCCACUGCCUUUACCACACUGACGAAAACGUGGUUCUUGGAGCUGCAACUGGUUCAGGCAAAACUGUUGUAGCUGAGCUUGCCAUGUUCCGUGUCUUCAAGGAACACCCUAACACAAAGGUUGUGUACAUUGCUCCCCUGAAAGCUUUGGUCAGAGAGAGAAUCAAGGACUGGAAUGAAAAGCUGGUUCGCAAGUUGGGAAAGAAGGUGAUAGAAUUGACGGGCGAUUCCAGUCCCGAUGCAGCUGCAAUUGCUUCUGCUGAUGUUGUGGUCACAACUCCUGAGAAGUGGGAUGGUGUGAGUCGAAGCUGGCAAACUCGAAACUACGUUCGCCAAGUGUCAUUGCUAAUCAUUGACGAAAUCCACUUGCUGGGAGAAGAUCGUGGUCCUGUCCUGGAGGUUAUUGUCUCCAGAGCUAGCUACAUUGCUGCUCAUUCACAAGGCGGUGCCACAAACUGCAGAGUUGUAGGAUUGUCGACUGCCCUGGCCAAUGCAGACGACUUGGCUGCUUGGUUGGGAAUCAGCACCCAGCGUGGUCUCUACAACUUUAGGCCAAGCGUACGUCCCGUGCCUGUGCAAAUCCACAUUUCUGGCUUUCCUGGCAAGCACUUCUGCCCAAGAAUGGCUACUAUGAACAAACCAACCUUCCAGGCCAUCAGGACUCAUUCUCCCGACAAACCUGCCCUUGUUUUUGUUGCCUCUCGUAGACAAACGAGGUUGACAGCCAUGGCUCUGCUGCAGUUCCAAGCUUCUGAUCCAGAAAGAUCUAAAGAUUGGCUUGGAAUGUCCGAGGAGGAAGCUUAUGAAAAUGUUGACUCGCUGAAUGAUCCCAACUUGAAGCUGCUCAUUCCUUUUGGUAUUGGUAUUCAUCACGCAGGUCUUCAGGACAGAGACAGGUCGAUUGUUGAAGAGCUGUUUGUAACAAGGAAAAUUAGGGUGUUGGUCACCACUGCAACUCUUGCCUGGGGUGUGAAUUUCCCUGCCCAUUUGGUCGUAGUCAAGGGCACUGAAUAUUUUGACGGAAAGAAAAAACGAUACGAGGACAUGCCAAUUACAGACGUCCUGCAGAUGAUCGGCCGAGCUGGUCGCCCACAGUAUGACGACCAGGCAGUGGCUGUCCUUCUAGUGCAGGAUAUAAAGAAGGCCUUCUACAAGAGAUUCCUUCAUGAACCAUUCCCUGUUGAGUCAAAGUUACUAGCUGUUCUUCCUGAUCACUUGAAUGCUGAGAUCGUUGCUGGUACAAUUCAAAGCAAGCAAGAUGCCAUGGAUUACCUAACUUGGACCUUCUUUUUCCGCCGCCUACUGAAAAAUCCAACAUACUAUGGCUUGGUAUCAUUGGAGGCCCAUGACAUCAACAUGUUCCUCUCGAGCUUGGUUGAAAAAACUGUCAUCGAGUUAUCCAAUGCAGGCUGUGUGAUGAUUGCUGAAGACGGAAGAGGCAUUAUGGCCACAUCACUUGGCCGCAUCUCCUCCUUUUACUACAUUUCGUAUAAGACCAUUGCCUUGUUUGAUGAAAAGCUCCAUCCCGACUGCACUCCCUAUGAAAUCAUCCAGCUCCUGAGCAAUGCCACCGAAUACGACGAGCUUCCCGUCAGACACAAUGAGGACAACAUCAACGGUGAGUUGAUGAAGCAAGUUCGUGUCAAGGUGGAUGGAGAGUUGGAUAACCCGCACUUGAAAACCAACCUACUCAUCCAAGCAUACCUCCUGCAUCUCCACAUGCCCAGCACAGACUACAACACCGACCUCAAGUCUGUGCUUGACCAGUGCAUUCGAAUCCUGCAGGCCAUGCUGGACGUCAGUGCUGAGAAAGCUUUGCUUAGCACCACCAUCACAAUCCAGCUGGUUCUGCAGAGCAUCAUUCAAGCCAAAUGGCCAGAAAGUGAGCCUCUCUGGCAAAUGCCCUUCAUGACUGAGCAGCUUUUCCGAGAAAUCACAGUCGAAUUUGCUUCUGAUCUGCCUACUCUUGUCGUCAAAGGUCGUGAACAACCUGAUACUCUAAGAAAAAUUCUGAAGACCUGCUUGCCCGAAAAGGAUGUGGAAGUUUUGCAACAAGUGCUGAAAACUUUGCCUGCACCUGGAAUGAGACUUUCGAUCAAUGGAUACAGUCGAGAGUCCCAGUCGAGACAGGCCAGUAUUCGUCUGAGUCUACCUUGCUCCAGUUACACUACACUCAGCGCUGGGCAAACCUAUGUCAUCUGUCUGACUCCAAGGGGCACCCCCAGAGCCACUUAUGCCUUUGCACCUCAUUUCCCCCGAAAGAAGGACAUCGGCUGGUUUGUGAUUCUUGGAAUGAAUGAUCCAGAUGGAUCUAAGUCUGGCACACUGCUUGGACUUAAAAGAAUCCCCGCUUCUGAUAGAACUACUUCGAUUGAGUUUGAGACACCAUCACGAGCCUGUCUUGGAGUUCUAUCUCUGUAUCUCAUUUCAAAUUGCUACAUGGGCUUGGACCAGCAGUAUCAGAUUCCAAUCGCUGUCAUUGACGAUGCUCCUCGUGGCUCGGCGGAGGAAGAAGACCUUCCCGAGAGACCAAAACCAACAUCAAUUACUAUUCCAAGCACAACGCUUCUCCAGGCUUUCAAAGAAGGGCCGGAAAAAGUCAGGUACUUUGAGUGAAAUUCCUAAAGUUUGUGUUAUUAAUGGCAAAGUAUCAUAAUGUGAUUUUACUUUUAACGCCGCUAAAGUGCGGCAAAAGGCAGUGACUGAAUUAUUUUACAAUAAAUUAAAGUUGCCCAUUUUCAAAUGGCGGCUAAAUUUAAAAUUAAA